AUGCUACAGCAACAUGCCGAGUCACUGGACCCUGAUACGGCUCCUAGAAGGAGGUCAAUAUGGAAGAACAUCGACCGCCCCACGAUGGACCGGCAAAUGCGGGCGUUGAAGGACCAUGUUACUGGUCGGCGGUCGUACGAUGAGCCUUCCCCGCGGGACGAAGAUGCUUCCUGUCUGCUGCCUCUCACAGUAGAGAAAAGCCUCGCAGACGAUUUGGCCUUCAUCGCGGCAUGCCAACCUCAAGUCGACUUUGUGUCCGCAGUCGCCGUCGUACAAGAGCAGAAAACGCCAUCACUAUCGUUCACACUUGCCGUAAACGAAGGUAUCUCUGCCGAGGUUUGGAAGACCUUUGACGAAGUGUUUGCAUUGUUGAGAAGGCGCGCGAAGAAGGGCAUCGCUCGAGAGGAUUGCCAGAAGCAGCUGUUUCGUGUCAUUGUGCACCUCAACCGCAAUAGACUCCUCGGCCGCCUGGGAUCCGCGCGGUUUAAAAAGCCAUCGCAUCUGCAGAAGGAUUACGGACCGUUGCCUGCCCGUCUUCGACGACUCUUUGCCACCAGUACACAGAGGUCCUUCGCUCCUCAUCAUCGCACAGACAUCAACAGGUUGGAUGGCCAAAUCAGCGGCCUCGAAGCAGCUUUCCUGCAGUUAGAGGCAGGCGACUCGGCGAAUCUCAUUCCGGAUCUUGAGAAUAUCAUCAUGGAAGCCUUCGCUUUGACAGUGGAUGGAACAAAGCUACCCAGUCGCUUAGAGGCUCUGGGAUGCCCAACCGCGGUCCUGGAUGCAAGAGAUGUUCGAGAGCUCGGCAAGGUCGCAAACUACUGGCGAAUAGCCCGCAAUCUGACACUCUGCUCACACCAGUUCAGUCAUUGCUUUCCGAAUGCUGAAUGGCAUGCUUUACCUACUUACAGCGUCUCUACGGGAUCCAAGCUUGUACCGCGAAAACACGUUCAUGCAGAGAUUCAACAGCUUGUGCAUUUCGAGCUGAGGCAGCCGUUGGCCAUGCCUCGGGUGAUAGGAGUCUCCAAGGAGGCGUGUUUUCUUUGCGACUCAUUCAUCCGAGCCCACGGCCGCUUCUCCAUUUCCGGAGCGCAUCGCCAAAUGUUCCCGAAGUGGACGGUCCCUAACCUAAAGGAAUAUGCACCGCAGACUGUCGAGCGUUUUCGAAAAGCUCUAGUGCAGGUACGAGCUGAAGUACAAGAAGAGUUCGUCAAGCCGCGAAAGAAUGUCGCCUGGCGUCCGUUCCCACAACAAAGUGCGAUCAAUCUCAAAGUCUUCCAACCCAUCACGCCUUCAACCUCCACGCUUGUGAUGCUGUCUGCAAGCGACGUCGGUGGUGGUGCUUGUUCUGGUCAUCCGAACAAGGUUGUGACGGAGCAUGCAGUGUCUCAAGCUGGGCAGAACGGAAGUAUCAAGGAGGCGGUGGCAGCCUCUGGACGGUCCCGGAGGGCUGUGCUGCCAGGUGUGGAGCAGCAAGAGGGCUCCAAAAUAAUCGAGACCCACCCAACAGAAACUUCUCUCGAGGUUGUGUUCGAAGGAGCCGCCUCAGAAUGCACCGAUUGGGUGGAGAUAUUCGCAUGCUUCUCAAGCACGCCAGACGAAGGACUGCCCACUGCUAAUCGGCACCCAUACACUGGUGGUACUUUGACGCUCGCGCCGGACACUGACGACGAGCGAGGACGUCGAGUAUCUCUGGCCGACGUCCCAAUAAACGAGGAGCUCGUGAUUGAGAGGGACAAUGCCGAUGAUGCGCAAGGUUUAUCGUUUACUCUCGUUGGCCUGGGAGGCCGAUGUAUCAGAUUCCAAUGCCAAUGGCAUGUUGCAUCGUACAACCUGUCAGUCAAAAUCGAGCUGGACUGGUCAUAUGCAAUGCCCCUUCGUCCAGCAGUCCCUGCUGACUUGCUCCCAGCAUCGAAGGUUUUGGCCGCAGCUUUUCAUAACGACUACCUCUUUGGCGAAUACAUUCAUCCGCACCGCAACCAGUUCCCCGAAGACGCAUACCUAUAUUACCUUCGCUUCAUGCGGGAAGCCUACUGGACAGAGCCCGGAGAACAUCUCAUCGUCAGCUACAGUCUUGAUCCAUCGACUGGUAACGAGGAGAUCACCGGCCUAGCACACUGGAUCCGGAACUACAGCGACCCUCUCAAAGCAAGUUGGACUUCCCAAGCAAUGGUCAAGAUAGUCGGCACCUACAACACCGUAGAGAACUACAUCUGGCCGAACCGAGCAAUCGACAACGACCACGAGCGAGUCUUACCCGAAGGAUACGCAUUCUACAAGCAUCACUGGACUGGCACAAGAGCGGACAGCUGGACGCUGUCCCUCCUGGGCGUGGGACCACAGUUCAUGAAGCGCGGUUAUGGCCGCGAGCUGGUAGCAUGGGGCUUCGAUCGGUCGCGCGAGGAAGGUGUAUCGGUGUCAGUGGUCAGCGUUCCCGACCAGGAGAGGUUCUAUCGAGCCUGUGGAUUUGACGUGGAGGUAGGGACCUGGAGUGACGAUGGCGGAAAUGCGAACCCAAUGGUAGCAGCGGGCCUUGAACCAGCGCCUAUUCUUUUCUGUGAUCACGGGAGAGGCGCGAUGGGGAUGAAGAUGUAUGGUGAGUAA